UCGCCUUAGUUUUUACUCUUGCAACGGUUCGAAUUGUGUCGGGAAAAUAAAUAUUUGGGGACUUACCCAAAUUCAUUAAAAUCACUUAUACCGAUUUAUAACGAUUAACUUUUGCUGAAAGUCCUUUGAUCCUUUAAGUCAGCAAUAAUGGCUAACUGUUUUAAGAAAAACGCAAUUUGGGUUUGGAUUUUAUUAGCCGCGGCGGUCGUGGGAAUUAUUGUGGGUCUUAUAUAUGGCUUAGCCCCCAAUAAUAACGAGGACGACGCCUACAAACCAGGAGUUGGUGCUAUUGCUUCCAAUGGCGUAGAUUGUGCUAAUAUUGGCGGUAAUAUAUUGCGACAAGGCGGUUCUGCAGUUGAUGCCGCGAUUGCAACAUUGCUCUGCGAAGGUGUAUUACUACCCCAUAGUUUGGGAAUUGGUGGUGGCUUUAUAGCAACGAUAUACACUAAACACACUGGAAAAAUAGAGACGCUUGUUGCACGCGAGACAGCACCAGCGGCCGCAACUGAAACCAUGUUCGUCGACAAGGAAAUUACGGGCGCAUUAUCUGCUGGAGUUCCUACAGAAAUAUUUGGUUACUGGCGUCUGCAUGAAAGAUACGGUGUGCUUCCAUGGAAGACACUAUUUGAACCAACAAUUGAAUUGUGUAGGAAGGGCCAUACAGUCUCAAAACAAUUAGCAAAUGUGCUUCAACAACAUGAAGAACGCAUACGCAAAGAACCAUCUAUGGCAGAAAUAUUCAUUAAUCCCGCAGAUAAUCAAGUAUAUAAAGAAGGUGACACAAUGUACCGCCCAAGAUUGGGAGACACUUUAGAAGCCAUUGCAGUUGAAGGACCGCAAACAAUUUAUGGAGGUGGACGUAUUGGCAGACUAUUAGUAGACGAUAUACAAAGCAUGGGUGGCAUUAUAACUGAAGCAGAUCUACAAACUUAUGAACCACGUUGGGAACAACCAAUUGUUACAAACUUUUCUAAUGGCUACACAUUGCACACAUCACCUUUACCUUCAAGUGGUGCGGUAUUAUCAUUUAUAUUAAGUGUUAUGGAACCGUGGACAGCUAAAGAUAUAGGUGAAGAGGUCUACUGGCAUCGAGUUGUAGAAACUUUUAAGCACGCCUACGGUCAUCGAACGAAUUUGGGAGAUAUUCGUUUUAACCCCGAAGUAGCUGAAAUUUAUAACCAACUGCUUGAUCCCCACUUUGCAGCGGAGAUCCGGGCUCUUAUUAAAGAUGAUAUUACAUUCGAAGACAUGGCAUAUUAUGGUGCUAACUUCACAAAUGUAGAAGAUCAUGGAACAGCUAAUUUAGCCGUGCUAGCACAAAAUGGCGAUGCUAUUACAAUUACCAGUACAAUUAAUAGUCAUCUUGGUGCUAAAGUUCGUUCCAGACGUACUGGCAUAAUUCUAAACGAUGAAAUGGAUGACUUCUCCACUCCAGGCGUUGUUAAUUUUUACGGCAUACCCGCAUCGCCAGCAAAUUACAUUAAACCAGGUAAAAUUCCCAUGUCAUCAACUUGCCCCAGUAUCGUACUAGACAAGGACGGAAAUUUACAACUCUUGAUUGGCGGAGCCGGAGGUGCAAAAAUCACAACAUCAGUGGCACAAACUAUUCUCCGUUACUUUAUGCUGAAUCAAUCAACUGAUGAAUCUGUACACGCUGGACGUGUUCAUCAUCAGUUGGCACCAAUGGCAGUGGAUAUCGAACCAGAUGUACCACAAUCCACAAGGGACUAUUUACUAAAGGUUGGUCAUCAUCUCAACUACUUACUACCUGACAAAGCAUAUUCAGCAUUGACUGCAAUCGGUCUUAAAUCAGGAAAAACGGAACCAGUUUGUGAUCGUCGCCGUCCUGGUAGCACAAUUCUUGUAACUUAAUAUAAUUAUAAGACAGGUUUUCAUUAAUUUAAAAUUUAAUAUUAUCAUUUAAUAAACAA